CCAAGCAUAAAAUAAAGGGGAAAAACUAAAAACCCUGAUUUUCAUUUGAAUGGUUAACUUUCUCAAGGUGCUAAUCCCAAUUCCAAGUAAUCAAACACUAUCCGUCCAGGCAUCUCUCUCCACCCUUCUGAAACGGGAUGAAUCAGCACAUUCCAUUUUCUAUUAGAAAACUCUGUUGCCUAAUUUGUAUUAAAUAAAUACUGAGCUCUGUCUAUUCCUUUCAACUGCUUCAACUUCAAGCCAUAAGAUGAGACGACUAUUAACCUGUCUUGCUUUCUUCUUGCUUGGAAAAGGUCUUUAGUCCACGCAUGCCUAUUUUUCUGCCGCCCCCACUUGCUUGUUUCUUAUAUUAACUUCCUCCGCCAUUCCCUCUUCUCGAAAGUUUCUUCCUAUUCUCCAUUCCACGUAAAAUCACAACACGGGGGAACUUUCAGGUCUUGAAAAUGGCUGGAUCCUCCGUUGUUGCUGUAGCUGCCGUGUCUAUUGCAGUUCUUGCAUUGUUACUCACCGGUUUGUACUUUUGGAGGCGGCGGCGGCGGGGUCUUGUUGAAUCAGAAACUAUUGAGAAGUUACAGAGUGUGGAGAACUCUCAACAGCGAUCAGGUUCUGGGACUCUGAAACUUCAUCACCAAUCUGAAUCAGAGGGAAAAAGGCGACUCAGUAAUUUUUACCCUCGUGGGGUUUCUCAAAAGCCUUUGUUCAGUUGGGAUGACAACCCUUCGCUCGUUAAUGACGCCGUCGAAAAUGGAUGGACCCAAUUCGCUUUUACGGACUACACGUCGUCUUCUCCAACUUCAAGAUCCCGAAUGUUGGGUUUAUGUACGGCCGGAGAGAUCGAGAAGGAGAUACCUGAGGCGGAAAUUAGCUGGGAAGUGAGUCAAGGAUCGGCCGAUUUUAUGCAAAGGAUUAGGCUUAAUUCUGGGUUUAAGAACACGAUUAACAAUACAAUCUCUUCUUAUCCCUCUGCUUCCUCUGCAAUCAGAACUACUCUGCCAUUACCGGGUCCUCCCCUGGCAUCUUUCCCACAAGAAGCGUACUUUGAGAUCACGAUUCUGAAUAUUUCUGGCCAUGAAAACGAACCUACCGGAGCGUCGAAAGAAGGGGAAAGAAUCAAACUGAUACCCGAGAAUCAUAGCUCGAAGGCAAGCUCAGAGUCUCUGGCCUAUUUUACAUCGAAUAACAAAGUUAGCAACGUUGAGGAAUCGAAGAUCAAUGGGAAAGGCGAGAAAGAUGAAGUAGUUGAAGAUGUGAUGGUAUCCGUCGGGCUCAUUUCCGGCGGCUCCGCCCCUUCUAAACUUCCCGGCAGCUAUUCCGGUAGCAUCGGAUUCAACUCCAAUGGCUCAGUCUAUCUCGACGGAAUAAAAUUAGUGUUUGAAUCUGAAAGAGCAGACUGGGGAAGGCCAGAGAAGGUGAUCGGAUGUGGGUUUGAUCCAAAACAAAAGAAAGUGUUCUUCACAGUGGAUUCGGAAUUGGUGCACGUGAUUCAUUGCAAGUCAGAGGAAUUUGGAAGCCCAUUGUAUCCAACUCUGGCAGCCAACGCAGACGUUACAGUUUCGGUAAAUUUGGGGCAAAGCGUGUUCAAGUACAUACCAGCUCAAAGAACACCGAAUCCAUGCUUUGUAAGUCCGCUUGUGAAUACCGCCGGUGGUUUCCAUGGAAAUGGGUACGAAGAUAGCAGAGAGCUUUUCUCAAUGGGAAUGAUCGAUUCCCAGUGGUUUAGUCGGCUGACUCCAAAACCCAGCAACAAUGUUGUUGUUGAUCAUCGAGAGGACGAUGAGUUGUCCAAUGACAUGGAAAUUUGCGAUGAAAUUGAACUUUUUGAAAUUGUUGUGGAAGAUGAGCAACGGAUUGCAAGUAAAACGUGAAGUGAAAAUUUCGUACGGGUUUCUCUGUCUUGACUUAUUUCAGCCAAUUCCGGAAGCGGUGUGUUUGUUAAUAUGAGCAAAGUGAGAUUUGAAUUGCACGAAAGAAAGAAUAGAAGAAUGUAAUUAAGGACAAUCAACUGACAUGAGUUGUGUUCAUUCUUCAUUAUUUGGAUUGGGUGAAGGGUUUGUUAAUAUGAUUCUCACCUCUCCGUUCCAACUUCUGAUUAAACUCUACUUCUCCAGCGGAGCGGCAGCGGCUUUAGAUCAUCACACUGCCGGCUUAUUUGGGAUACGAUUUCUAGUAAUCAAUAACUGAAAUUGUUUGAAUCUUUUGGUCUGUAGUUGACGAUUUAUUGCAUUAUAUAUAUAUAUAAUUUAAAAUUAUGCCGGAUUCUUUCUAAAAAGAAAAUAAUAGUAAUAAAACAAAAUGCAAGGUGAGAGU